AUGUGCGCAGGCUUGGACGUGUCAGGGGUUGCUAUCACGAGCGUCAACGGGGUGCCCGUAAACGGCGCAGCCGAGGCUCCGGCCUCCGCCGUCGGCGCGCCAGCGGCCGCAGCCGCGUGGCCUGCCCUGCCUGAGUGGGCCUAUCCAUUCACCCCCGUCACAGAUCUACCCAGCGCACCUGCCCAGGCAUGCACCCUUCCUCCCCUCGGAUCUGCUGUCGAGCCAUUGCCCCCAGUCCAGGCGCCCUCUCAGGUUUCCAGCCCAGAAGUGCAGCUGGUCGGAGGCGCUCCCUCCACCUCCCCAGAGCAGGCGCGGCCGCCACUGAAUUUCACGCUGGCGCUGCAAGGUCCCACGGUGGACCAGCUUGCGUCCCAGCCGCAGGCAGCAGACGUUCUCAAACGAGCACUGGCUGACCUGCUGCCGGGCGUAUUGCCGGACCAGAUCGCUCUGUCGCAGCCUGCAGUACAGCGCGGAGGCACGCAGCCGCAGGGCCUGGCCGGCAGCGGCCGCCGCCGCACGCUGCUAGCGCUGCGCACCGCUGAUGUCACCGCCGCCAUCGUGACAUCACCAGGGCAGGAGGAGUCGGUCAUGAAGAGCCUGAAUGCUCUGGCAGCUCUGCCGCGGACCACACUGCUCCAGGCAUUGCACUCGCGCGGGCUGGAGAUCACUGACGCUCGCGUGUCGGCUGUCAAUGGCGUGCCGGUGCAAGAGGCUCCCGAGUCUGCCUCUUCCCCCACCGCGCCUGCCGGAGGUCCAGUCAGCAGUCCAGUCAGUGGUAGGGUCAGCUCUGCCGGGCAGCCCGCGUCAGCACCGGGCAGCGGUCUUGGGGCAACGCAGAAAACCUAUAUUGUUGCAGGCUGUGCGGCCGCGGCGCUGGCACUGUGUCUGGCAGCGGUUCUGUGCUGCUGCAUACGCCGCCGCCGUGCUGCAAACCGGCAGCCGCCGCCGUCCCCCGUGUACAUCACCGAGAGCGAGGUGCGCGCUGACUCAGCGCUGCGCGGCAUCGGCCGCGCCGUCUCCGGCGUUCCCGGCAGAGGCCGGGCCGGCGCCGCUCAGAAGCCGGUGGCGCGCGCGUUCUCGCAGCCCAGCAGGCGCGGCGGGGACGGAUUACUCAGCGGCCACGUCAGCAGCACGGAGGCGGCCGGGGACGCCGAGAAGGGAACGCCGCCGCGGACCGCGGCCGAGGCGCUGGCCGCCAUGCAGUCCCGGCUGGCCGCAGAGUCACCCUCGAGCCAGCCCCCGGCCGCCGACUUCUCCUCCCCCAAAGCCCCGGACACCCAGAAGCCGUGGGCGAAGCCGGCCGGCAAUCCGCGCGCGGCCGCGCCGCCGCGCGCUGUAAGCGAGACGUUCCACGGCAGACGCAUUCCCUGCGGCGGUUCGCGCCGUCACUCGAUCAUGUCAUCGCUGCCCGCUGACGUGGCCAUGGAGGCAGCGAUGAGUAACCCCCUGGUGACAGGAAAUACAAAAGACAGCGCUGUGGUCACUAACCCCAUCAACCUGAUGGACUCCAGCCUCAGCAUCAGCACCGGCCGCUCCAAGUCCCCCAGGACCCCCCGGGCGCAGCCGUCAAGCCCGGUAGCAGGUGACCUGGAGGCAAUUUCAUCCGCGGGCAUCAGCCGGCUGCGGCGAAUGGCGAGCGACACUCAGGAAAGCUUAGAUAGGCUGGGCUCCGGCUCAGGGACCCCCCGGGCCGGGGGGAGUACCUCGCCACGUCACUUCGCGAACCCCCUGCUCACCACCAGCCACAACUCGGCACUCCUCCUCAGCAGCGCAGGAUCCAGCAUACUCGGCGCUGAGGUCAUGCGCACGCCACAGGGGACUCCAGUGCAGGCAGAAAACAUGGCCAACGUGCAGUACGCAGUGCAGGACAUCAUCGACCGCGGCAACGUCCUGGCAGGCAAGUACGUGCUGCAGCAGGGGGUGGUUGCCGGGCAGGCCAGUAUCACGGCGGCUGCGCAGGAAAAACGCUUUCCCAACCGCGCGGCGCUGUGCCACUUCUAUGUGGAUGUGGCUGACUUUGACAGGGAACGCCUCCUGCUGGAUCGGCUGACUAGGCACGUGCCAGCUUUGCUGGACGCGUUUGGGAAGGGGGACAUCCCGGGGGCCCCGCACCUGCCGCCCUGCUUAGUCACCGACACGGGUGACUACACUCUAGCAGAGUGGCCAUCCAAACGUGCCAGGGAUCCGGACGAGGUGCAGAAGCGCGCAGUGCUGGCGAUGGUUGUCAAAGCACUGGCCGGCCUGCAUUCUGCCGGCGUCGCGCACUGCGCGCUCGGCCCGGGCACGGUGCUCUGGUACGCGCGCGACAACGCCAUGAAGCUUGCCGGCCUCGGCUGCGCGGCGGAGCCGGGGCAGGCCACGCGCGUUUCCCCCGCGCUGCGCUAUGCUCCCCCCGAGGUUAUUGCUGCGGCGGGAAAACGGACCGCGUCACUGCCAGCCAGCUUUGCCAUCGACAUGUGGUCUCUGGGCGCCAUCGCGUAUGAGAUCUUUGCAGGGCGUCCCCUGUUUGGCAAUGACGUGUCCCCCUCCAACUUUGCCGCUAUGAUGGCCGGCAAGGCAGCACUGCCCUGGGAGGGAACGCGCGCGCCAGCACUCGCGGCCAUUAACAACGUUGACGCGCGGCUGCUCAUCUCUGGCCUUCUCAGGCGCAACGCAUCGGAGCGCUGGCAGAUGCGCCAGGUGCUCGGCUGCGCCCUCUUCCGGCCCCCGACGGCCGCCGCCCCGGCGGCGCGUCCGGCAGCCGCCGCCGUGGCCGGCCCGGCCGACGCGGCGCAGCGCAGCGCGAGCAGCACGCCGGCUGCGGUGACGCCGCGCUUCGUCAGCACCAUGCCAUCGCCGCAAUCGCGGCGCACCACAAGCGAGGGCGCUCGGAGCCUGGAGGAUGCUGCGCUCUACGCCACCGCGCACCUCUCGUCAAAGCGCGGCGGCCAGUGAUGCAAUAUAUAUUGAAACAUAAACAAAAUAUUACUGUACUUUUGGGUCGUGGGCGGAGAUCGACUGCUGUUUAGUAGGGGGGAGGUAACUAUAGGAAGGCACUCUUGGGUUUUGGGGACAAAACUUAACGCAGCAUAGUGGCAUCUGGGGUGACAGUACUGAAAUGUGAAGUGGGAUACUCCAUUCUUUGAGUUUGCAGUCGUUUCGAGCUCCCCAGCCCCUGUUUUUGUAGCUCCAUUUGCAUUUGAGAAUGCCAGGUGGAAUGCAAUGCGACGACCAUCCAUUGGCAAUGGACUCCAACUCCUUUCUUAUGUAAUCAUUCCAGCUAU